AUCGAGUCGGCCAUCAGCACGCAGGCACACAUCACUACAUAUUCGUGAUAAAUACGUCAGUCAGGCAGUAGAUAGCCGUGGAGGUUUGAUGUUUUGGACCGCCACUGUCAGCGGCAUCUCCCCAAGAAAGCCAUGCUAUGAUGGUGCUACGGCGGUUACUGAGAAAGCGCUGGGUGCUGGGAGUAGUCUUCGGACUGUCUCUCAUCUACUUUCUCACCAGCACACUCAAACAGGAGGAGCGGACCAUACGGGACCGCACACUCUUAGAGGUUAGAGAUUCAGACCAUCGCAUCCCCUGGAAAGUCCGUUUCAACCUGGGAAACAGCAGCCGUCAGAUCACUCAGUGCAGAAACUCCAUCCAGGGCAAGACACUGCUCACAGACGAACUUGGUUAUGUCUGCGAGAGAAAGGACUUGCUGGUUAACGGCUGCUGUAACGUCAAUGCUCCCAGCAGCAGACAGUACAUCUGUAAAAGCUGCCUCGCAAAUGGUUGCUGCAGCAUCUAUGAGUAUUGCGUGUCAUGUUGCCUCCAGCCUGAUAAGCAACCUCUCCUUGAGCGUUUCCUGAAUCGUGCUGCUGAAGGUUUCCAGAAUCUCUUCACUGCUGUGGAGGAUCAUUUUGAGCUGUGCCUGGCCAAAUGUAGGACCUCUUCACAAAGUGUUCAACAUGAGAACACCUACCGAAACCCUCAAGCAAAGUACUGCUAUGGAGAGAGUCCUCCAGAGCUCCUUCCUGUAUGAACUUUCCUCUCAGGGUUUGGGAAGAACCGAAACAGCAGUGGGCCAAUAAAAACGUCCCUGUUUGGGUGCUCGGGGAAGAGACUCUCUGCAAAUGAACUUCCGUCUUGGAUAUUUUUGCAUUAUAGUGGCAAAGAGAGGGAGACAUCCAAGACCAACCUCAAAAUGAUUAGAUUAGAUUAUUUACACUUCAUAAGUGCAUAGAACGCUUCAUACAUUCAUCCGUGAUGAUCAUCAGGUCUACAUAGCAGGCAGCUCAUCCAUCAGAAUCCACUUCAAACCGGUUCACGUCAUAAGAUAGGCUUCAUUUUUAAAUAAGGUAACAGCUGUUUCAUGUUUUGUUGAAUAUUUUAAAAACAGCAAAGAAUGUGUCAUUACUUCUGUGUAUAAUGCAUGCAUAACUGCUAUUUAAUAAAAGUGACUGUGAAAUGAAA